AGAAAGCAGCUUAGGAUGUUAACGAAAAAAUAAAAUCGAAAUAUAUAACUUGUAAGACAAUGGGCGUGUGUGUCACGUGUUUAAUAUUAUUGUCUCUCAUCUCAAUCACUUCAUCGCACAAACACUUUGAAAUUCUGGACGUCGCUGCUUCACUAGAGCAGGCUCGCCAAAUCAUCUCUCGCACCACUACCACUACCACCCACCAACCACCGCCCGAUCACUCUCUCUCUCUCACUCUAAUUUCUCGCUCCUCUCUCCCUUCCAGCACCACCGCCGCCAACUACACCUCCCUCACUCUCUCCCGCCUCGCCCGCGACCAAGCCCACCUCCGCUCCCUCCUCUCCCGCCUCUCCACACACUCACACCUACAAUCCCCCCUCACCUCCGGACUCAACCAAGACAGCGGCGAGUACUUCGCCCGCAUCGGCGUCGGCCGCCCCGCCGCCCACCUCUACAUGGUCAUCGACACCGGCAGCGACGUCUCCUGGCUACAAUGCAAACCCUGCGUCCACUGCUACCCGCAAUCCGACCCCAUCUUCGACCCGUCCGCCUCCUCCACCUACAAGCCGCUCACCUGCCUCUCCCCGCAGUGCGCCGCCCUCCGAUCCUCCAUCUGCCUCGUCGGGACCUGUCUUUACCAGGUUUUGUACGGUGACGCCUCCCACACCAUCGGAAACUUCGCCACCGAAACCAUCUCCUUCGGCUCCUCCGGCUCCGUUGACAACGUGGCCAUCGGCUGCGGCCACGACAACGGCGGCCUGUUUUCCGGCGCCGCGGGCCUGCUGGGCCUGGGCGGCGGCGCCUCAUCUCUUCCCGCUCAGAUCAAAGCGACGUCGUUCUCAUACUGCUUGGUGGACCGCGACUCGAACUCGUCGUCCACUCUGGAUUUCAACUCGAUCCCGCCCGCCGACUCGGUGGCAGCGCCGCUGGUCGACAACCCCUCUAACGACGCCUACCGCUACGUGGCGAUGACCGGGAUCAGCGUGGGCGGCGAGGCGGUGAAGUUCGCGGCGUCUCUGCUGGAGAUGGGGAGCGACGGGAGUGGUGGCGUGAUCGUGGAUUCCGGCACGACGGUGACGCGGCUGCGGAGGGAUGUGUACGGCUUGGUGCGGGAUGCGUUCAGGAACAAGACCAGUGCACUGCCGUGGGCCGGCGAUUAUGCUCUGUUCGACACGUGCUACGACUUGUCCUCGCUGUCGAAGGCGAGGAUCCCCACGGUGGCGUUCGAGUUUGGUGGCGGGAAGAGGGUGGUGCUGCCGCCGAAGAACUGCAUGGUAGCGGUGGACAGCGACGGGAAGUUUUGCUUGGCGUUCGCCGGAAUGUCGGGGGAGUUGUCGAUUAUUGGCAAUGUGCAGCAGCAGGGCAUGCGGGUUACUUAUGAUCUUGCCAACAAAUAUAUUGCUUUUAGCCCUAACAAAUGUUGAACUUUAUUUCCCUAAUGCACUUCAUCGAAUUAUCUAAUCUUUUUGUGGCCUUUAAAAUACAAAAACUACAUAAAUCAUUGUUACAUCUCUUAUAUGUAUUUCAUUAAUAAAGAAGAUAUGAGUUGUUAUAAUAUGAUAAGAAGUGA